AGUGAAAAGUAUACAACUAUAAAUGUGAAUAGAAAAAUAUAAAUAAUUUAUCCUUUUCCUGAGAAACAGUAACUAUCCCUUAUAUAUGUAACCAAUGAAUUGAACCAGUAUCCUCAUUCAAAAGCAAAAUGGAGUCUCAACAACUGAAUAUAGUUUUUCUUCCAUAUCCAACCCCUGGUCAUAUGAUUCCAAUGAUAGACACAGCAAGACUAUUUGCCAAACAUGGUGCUAAUGUCACAAUCAUCACAACACAUGCCAAUGUUUCAUCUUUCCAAAAAGCCAUAGACAGCGACUUCAGUGCAGGACACUCCAUCAAAACUCAGCUUAUUCAGUUCCCUUCAGCUCAAGUUGGUCUUCCUGAUGGAGUUGAGAACAUCAAAGAUGGAACUUCACUUGAAAUGCUUGGAAAAAUUACCCGCGGAAUAUGGAUGCUUCAAGACCAAAUUGAGAUUCUUUUUCAAGAUCUUGAACCAGAUUGUAUUGUCACUGAUAUGAUGUAUCCUUGGACUGUACAAUGUGCUGCAAAACUAGGCAUUCCAAGGCUUCAUUUUUAUAGCUCAAGCUAUUUCUCUAACUGUGCCUGUCAUUUUAUCAGGAAGUGUAAACCUCAUGAGGGUUUAGUUUCUGAUACAAACAAGUUUACAAUUCCUGGUUUGCCUCAUAGUAUUCAGAUGACCACUCUGCAGCUUCCUGAUUGGAUGAGGAAUAAGAGUUUUGCCACAGGCUACUUUGAAGAAAUGUUUGAAUCAGAGGAAAGAAGCUAUGGGACAAUAUGCAAUAGUUUUCAUGAACUUGAGAGUGAUUAUGAGAAACUUUGUAAGACUAUAAUGGGGAUCAAAUGUUGGAGUAUAGGACCAGUUUCAGCUUGGGCUAAUAAGGAUGAUGAUGAAAAAAAGGCCAACAGGGGACACAUGGAAAUCAACAACAUUGGAAAUGAGCAAGAGUGGUUAAAUUGGCUUAACUCAAAGCCAAAUGAUUCUGUACUUUAUGUAAGUUUUGGAAGUUUAACAAGGCUCCCUCAUUUACACCUUGUAGAAAUUGCUCAUGGACUUGAAAAUUCUGGUCAUAAUUUUAUUUGGGUUGUAAGGAAAAAGGAUAGAGAUGAAGGUGGAAAUGGUUUCCUGCAAGAGUUUGAGAAAAGGAUGAAAGAAAGUGAUAAGGGGUAUAUCAUAUGGAACUGGGCACCACAGCUUCUCAUAUUGGACCACCCUGCAACAGGAGGAAUUGUGACUCACUGUGGUUGGAACUCAAUUCUUGAAAGCUUGAAUGCUGGUUUACCGAUGAUCGCGUGGCCGGUGUUUGCUGAACAAUUUUACAAUGAGAAGUUGGUAACUGAGAUUUUGAAGAUAGGGGUCCCUGUGGGAGUGAAAGAAAACAAGUUAUGGGCUAGUUUUGGUGAAGAGGCAAUAGUGAGAAGUGAGGAGAUAGUGAAGGCUGUGGAGAUUUUGAUGGGAAGUGGACAAGAUAGCAAAGAAAUGAGGAUGAGAGCAAAAAUGCUUGGUGAUGCUGCCAAGAGGACUAUUGAGGAGGGUGGACACUCUUACAACAACUUGAUUCAGUUGAUUGAUGAGCUGAAAUCAUUGAAGAAAUCUAAAGCACUUGCUGUUAAAGAAGAUUCUAAGGAUGUCGCUGCCAAGGAUCAAGACAAUUGGAAACAUAAUGAUGCCUCUCUAUGCAACAUUCUUUGGUUUUCAAUCGAUGCCAAACUUCAAUUUCAGUUUCGCUCCUUUAAAAUAUGUUAUGAUGUUUUGGCAAAGGCGAAGAAGACAUACUCCAAUGACGUUAAUCGUUUAUACAUUGUAGUCUCUAAUCUUAUUUCCAUGAAGAAACAAGAAAUGGAUAUGCAAAGCUACAUAGAUCUUGAUUCAGUUUGCAACCAAAUUCUAUCUAGUGCUACUGUUCCCUCAUAUGAAACUGUUUGUGAACAGAUACUGCGUCUUUCGGCCCCUUCAGUUCCUAUUCUAGCCCUUGUUUAUCUCAAUAUGCCAGUUGAAUCUAAUGCACUUGUCUCUAAUUCUUAUCAACGAGGUGGUAGAGGAGGAGGACGUGGACAUAAUCGUGGUCGAACUCGAUGCAACUAUUGCAACCGUUUUGGCCAUGUUGAAGCACAAUGUCACACCAAAGCUAAUCAAAUCAGUAACCCUAUUGCCUUUGUUACACAAACUUCUUCACUUGGACUUUGGAUACUUGACUCAGGCGCCUCUGAUCAUAUGUCUGGUUAUAAGUUGUUUUUCUCAUGUUUGACUUAUAUGGACACACUAACUAGUAUUACUUUGGCUAAUGGGUCACAAACCAAAUGUCAUGGUAUUUUCCAAGCAAAUCCCCUACCCACACUCUCUUUGGACUUUGUGCUUUAUGUCCCUGGAUCGGAGUACUGGGCGACGAUUGGAGUAGGGCAUGAGUCCCAAGGCCUAUAUUACCUUUCAGCACCUACAACGCCUAUUGCAUGUUCCGCCGUCGAGACAUUGUCAAAAAGUCCUUUACUUGAAGGCCGGUUAAUCAACACAACAGACAUCCCUCAAGAUCAAUCAUCGACUUUUCUCACCGGUGCCGUCACUUUUUUCUUCUACUUUUGUGCGGUCAGGAACAUAAAUCUAUCUCUCAUUGAGAUUACAACAUUUAGCUCAAAGGAUUUCAAAAGCAAAAUGGAGUCACAACAACUUCAUAACCAAUUGAAUGUAAUUUUCCUUCCAUUUCCAACUCCUGGCCAUAUGAUUCCAAUGAUAGACACAGCAAGGCUAUUUGCCAAACAUGGUGCUAAUGUCACAAUCAUCACAACACAUGCCAAUGCUUCAACAUUCCAAAAAUCCAUAGACAAUGACUUCAAUUCAGGACACCCCAUCAAAACUCAGCUUAUUCAGUUCCCUUCAGCUCAAGUUGGUCUUCCUGAUGGAGUUGAAAACCUCAAAGAUGCAACUUCACCAGAAAUUAUCAGUAAAAUAAGCCGUGGUAUAUCGAUGCUUCAAGAUCAUAUUGAAAAUCUGUUUCAAGAUCUUGAACCAGAUUGUAUAGUCACUGAUAUGUGUUAUCCUUGGACUGUGGAAUCAGCUGCAAAACUAGGAAUUCCAAGGCUUUACUUUUACAGUUCAAGCUACUUUUCCAAUUGUGCAAGCUACUUUGUUAGAAAUUAUAGACCUCAUGAUAGCUUAGUUUCUGAUACACAGAAAUUUACUAUUCCUUGUUUGCCUCAUACUAUUGAGAUGACACCUUUUCAGCUAGCUGAUUGGAUAAGGGUUAAGAAUUCAGCCACAAGUGUUUUUGAUGUAAUAUUUGAAUCAGAGAAAAGAAGUUAUGGAACAAUAUACAAUAGUUUUCAUGAACUUGAAAGUGAUUAUGAGAAACUUGGUAGAACUACAAUAGGGAUCAAAUCUUGGAGUGUAGGACCAGUUUCAGCAUUUACUAACAACGAUGAUGAAAAAAAGGAUAACAAGGGACACAUUGGAAAAGAGGCAGAGUGGCUAAAUUGGCUUAACUCAAAGGAAAAUGAGUCUGUAUUGUAUGUAAGUUUUGGAAGCCUUACUAGGCUUUCUCAUGCACAAAUUGUUGAACUAGCUUAUGGACUUGAAAAUUCAAGUCAAAAUUUCAUUUGGGUCAUUAGGAAAAAGGAUAAAGAUGAGGAUGGAGAAAGUUUCUUGGAAGAUUUUGAGGAAAGGAUGAAAGAAAGCAAGAAAGGGUAUAUCAUAUGGAAUUGGGCACCACAGAUUUUGAUAUUGGAUCACCCUGCAAUAGGAGGGAUUGUGACUCACUGUGGUUGGAACUCAAUUCUUGAAAGCUUGAAUGUUAGUUUGCCAAUGAUCACAUGGCCAAUGUUUGCUGAGCAAUUUUACAAUGAGAAGUUGCUUGUUGAUGUUUUGAAGAUAGGGGUUCCAGUUGGAGCAAAAGUAAACAAGUUUUGGCUUAACACUGUUGAAGAGGAGGUGGUGAAAAGGGAAGAGAUAGUGAAGGCUGUUGAGAUUUUGAUGGGAAAUGGCCAAGAGGGAAAAAAAAUGAGAAUGAGAGCAAGAAAGUUUGGUGAUGCUGCUAAGAGGACUAUUGAGAAGGGUGGAUACUCUUACAAUAACUUGAUUCAGUUGCUUGAUGAACUGACAUCAUUGAAAAUAGCUAGAGAACUUGAAAAAAGCAGAUUAGAUAAUUGACUUGGAGUUGCAGUUAGUGUGAUUUUAUGAAGUUUUUGAAUAAACAUGCAAGUACUUUUGAUGCUUAUGAUUAUCAAUUAUCAUGUAGGGAUCUGGUUUUCAACUACGUAUCUAUUACUUGUGUGAUGUGUCACUGGUUGAUAUAAGAUUUCAGUUUUACUACAUCAA